AUGUUGAAUUAUUACUAUGUGCCCGUCUUGGUGUGCACCGGUAGUUUGGGUAAUAUACUCUCAGUGUUUGUCUUUUUUAAAACGAAAUUACGCAAACUUUCGUCCAGCUUCUAUUUGGCCGCAUUGGCGGUUAGUGAUACUUGUUUCCUGUUGGGCCUCUUCAUGCAGUGGCUUAACUUUGUCGACAUUGACAUUUACAAUCGUGACUUCUUCUGUCAGUUUUUUACAUUCUUCAGCAAUUUGGCGUGCUUCUGCUCAGCCUGGUUUGUAGUGGCGUUCACUGUGGAACGCUUCAUCGCUGUGGGAUAUCCACUUAGGCGGCAGACAAUGUGUACCGUGCGUCGCGCGAAAAUCGUUAUAUUCGCACUCACUGCUUGGGGCUGCCUACAUUGCACACCCUAUUGGAUUUCGUCAACGACGCUCUAUUCGCCGAAGCUGGAAACGGUUUUAUGUGACAUGAACACUGACUAUAAGGACUUCAUGACGGUAAUGAACUACUGGGAUACAUUGGUGGUCUUUGCAGUACCAUUUACAACAAUUUUUGUAUUGAACACAAUUACGGCUUGUAGAGUAUGGAAGUUUGCAACUAUUCGGCGUUCGCUAACAAUGCAAAAGAGAAAAACACAGCAGGUGUCUAAAGAUGCACUAACGUCAUCGACAUAUCGGUCAUCAUCAGUGAAGCGCCAAAAAUCAACAUCCACAUACAGCACUUCACUUAAUAAUGAAAAUCAGGCGGAUGUCAGAGUAUUACAGAGAAAAUCAGAGAGACGAAAAGUUACAAACUCAUCACAAUUGAAGGUGACUAAGAUGCUCCUGAUUGUCUCCACAGUUUUUGUCUGCCUCAAUUUGCCCAGCUGUGUAAUGCGCAUCAAAACGUAUUUGGAGACACAAACGUCAACCAACGAAAAGACCACAGUGAUUUUGCAAUAUAUUUUUCAGCUGCUAUUCAUAACAAAUUUUGGUAUAAAUUUUGUACUUUACUGUGUUAGCGGUCAAAAUUUUCGCAAAGCAGUGCUAAGCAUGUUUAGGCGUGUAUCGUCAACCCAGAGGGAAGGCACCACCCAAGUGACAGUGUCGGAAUAUUGUCGCAACAGGGGCGGAGGAGUAGCAAGUGCGUCCACAAGUCGACGUGCCAUGACGCAGCAGUACUGGGACGAAAUACACGAGCUCCACCCACUUAAGUAA